CCUUCCUCUUCUAGCCACACUAGUUUUUCUGUGUGCACUUGUUCCUCUGGAGGUGUCCACACUUCUUUCUUCUUAGUGGAAAAAAAAGGCCUAAUUGACUUCCUUAUCUGUGCCUGGGAGUAAACAGAAAGUUGUGGUUGCUGUUGAUACAUCCUGCUGCUGAUUUAUAACAUCUCCCGGAAAUUGUUGCAUACAUAAGUUGGAAAAAACACCCUCAAAAGGUUAACCUGCCCAUGAGGAGGCACCGGGAAGAUUGUUUGUCCCCCAGCCUUCCAUGGCCUGCAAACCAGUGUCACUAGGCCAGGUAUGACUGUCACCCCCCAAAAAUCCAACAAUCAACCUGCGUCCUCUUCACACGGAGUCACAACUUUCAGACCUAGCGCUGCACAGAUGGAUGAGCCUGAAGGUGUGUGGUCAAAGCCGUCCUCAGAAGACUCGGAGGCAACUAAGCCCAUCAAUCUAGGAGAUUCCCAUUACGCUGAGCUGGAAGAUGAUUUGAAGUCGGACGCCCAGAAUCUGGAGAAGGAGUCCUGGAGCUCGGCUGUGGGCCCAAACUACAUAAAAUCCCUGAACAAAGAGGCCGUCAAAAGGCAGGAUGUCAUUUACGAGCUGAUCCUGACAGAGAUGCACCACGUACGCACCUUAAAGAUCCUUCUCAAUGUCUACAUGCAUGAGCUGAAGAAGUCUCUGCUGGUAGACGAGGCUUGGAUGGAGCAGCUCUUCCCAGGAGUGAAAGUCCUGCUCAGCCUCCACCAGCACUUCCUCAACAACCUGAAAGUGCGCCAGACCCAAUGUCAGGUGGAAGGAAACUCAAAAAUCUUCCACAUCACACAGCUGGGGGACAUCCUUAUCAAUCAGUUUUCAGGCACGUUGGGAGAACAGAUGAUCGGGGGUUACAGCUAUUUUUGCAGCCAUCAAAGUGAAGCAAUCGGCUUCUACAAAGAGCAGAUACAGAACAACAAGAAGCUGCAGAAUCUUAUUAAAGACAUUGAUCAGGUCUCUCUGGUGCGACGAUUAGGAAUCCCUGAAUGUUUCCUGUUGGUGACUCAGCGCAUCACCAAGUAUCCUGUUUUGGUGGAGCGGAUAAUCGAGAACACUGAUGCUGACACUGAGGAUUAUAGGUAUUUGAUGAAAGGUUUGGAGCUGAUCAAGGACACCAUCUCCCAGGUUAACUCCCAGGUCUGUGAAUACGACAAGGGCGCUCGACUGAGAGAGAUCUACCUUCGUCUGGACCCAAAGAGUCAUGUCCGGCUAAAGGAUGGCCGGCUGUUCCGCAAAGAGGAUCUGAUCCAAGGCAGCAGGACGCUGCUGUGUGAAAAAAACGUCACCUGGAAGACCUCCAGUAGACAGAAAGAGGUCUUGGCUGUGCUGCUGUCAGAUAAGCUCAUCCUCCUACAAGAGAAAGAUCAGAAGUUUGUUUUUGCCUCCAUGGAUGGCAAACAACCAGUUAUUGACAUUCAAAGAGUGAUCGUUAGAGAAGUGGCUAAUGAGGAUAAAGGCCUCUACGUCAUCUGUGCGUGCGCCUCCGCCAUGGCGGAAAUGUAUGAGAUCCACGCAAACUCCAAAGAGGAACGCAACACACUGAUGACCUUCAUACGAGAAUCUGUGGAAAGUUGUCAAGAACAGGAGCUGUACUCCAAACUGAUUACAAAGUUGCAGCAUUAUCAAAAUUUGCUGCAGGAGCGGGAUGAACUGAUAAGACAAAGUCUGACUCAGAAGCAGGAGGUUUUUGCUGCCUUGUAUGAAGAAGUGAUGGGGCAAACACCCCCCCACAAAGGGCUGCUGCUGCGAGGAGAUGCUGCUGACCUCCAGCAGGGGGAGACGCUGCUCAAUGAGGCCAUUGAAGAAGUGGAAAUCCUGCAGAACAUGCUCUAUAUAAGGAUUCCUUCAGAGGAGAGUGAGAUGCAGGGAGCACUGGUCAGGAGGGCGCAGACGUUUCAAGUGGCUUCCAACAGAAAAUAUGGAGAUGCAGGGGAAACGCCUGAUAGAAGUGUGGGCAUGUCUCAGAAGAGCAGUCAUAUCAAGUCUGAGCUUUUAAAGAAAGCAUCCUUCUCUGAGACUGAUGACAAACCAAACACUUAUUCAUUGUUACAUGGAAGUUCAAACUCCAGUCAUUUCCCUGAGAAAGAGGUGUGCGAUCGGGUGUUGAGGCUUGCAGAGCGGCUCAACAGCUUAAAGGCAGUCAUCGCCCAGCAGGACAGCAGGAAUGAGCUGCAGAAAGCCUUCCAGUCCAGGAGCAAAUAUCCUGCUCGCCACUACAGUGACGUGCUGCUGGAGCAGGAGAAGCGGCGCAAACUGGAGAAGCAGAAGGAGGAGCUGGUCAUGCUGCAGAAGCAGCAGGUUCAGCAUCAAGAGGAGCAGCAGCGCUGGGAGAAGGAGAGGGAGAAACAGAGGAUCCAGAUGGCGGUUCUGGAGGAUGAGCUGAAGCAGAGAGAGCACGAGUGCAGGAAGAGGGAGGAGAAGGUGAAAGAGGAGACGGUUGAGCUGGAGAAGCAGUUGGAGGACUACCAGCAGGACCUGAAGAGACUGAGGGAGACUAUAAAGAUGGUGGACAGAGAGAGGGAGCAUCUUCUACUGGAAAAGGAACGUUUGGAGAAGCUGAAGUUGAAGUUCUCCAUUGAUGAUGAUCCUACACUAUCCGCGUACCAGUCAUUCAGGGGGAGUGUCAUAAAUGGGGGAGGGACUCUGCUGACUGUUUCAAAGCAGAGAACUUUGCCUGUCAAGCACUCAAAUCCAAAGGACAUUCCUCCAAAGGUUCCACCUCGGAGGGAGAGCAUCAGCCCACGACCGAUCAAACAGAAGCUUCCUGAACACCUGAUCAGCAACACCAACCAGGUGCAGAAGUCUGCAGUGCAGCAGAUGAUCCCUCCCAAUCUGGCUUCAUCUUCUAGGAGAAAGCAGAGUCUCUCAAAGGGGAGGCACAAAAGAGCCUACAGCGCAGCCAACAUAGACGUGAGCCAGGUCUUGCCGAUCCGAGUGACGGGGAAGGAAGGAGGCAGCCUCAAAUCCGUGAGCAGCAAUACUUCUCAAAGGGCUCUAAACUCAGACACAUUCAGACCACCAGGCCCUGCUCAAAAUGUCAAACCGUCUCAGUCUUUCAGCACAAACAAGCAGGACAGCAGCGAGUCUUCUCCACCUCCACCACCUCCCUUCCCUAAAGAGGUCCUUAUGAACGGAAAAGAGCAGGAAAUCAUGGUGUGAUGUUCAAAUAAAGGCUGGAGUUUGGGAUGCAUCCAUAAUGGAAACUUCCAAAAAUACAGAACUGAGCUGACAACACAUACACUUUUCACGUUAAAAUUUCAGACAGUUCAAAAUUUUAAGGAUUCUAUGGUCGGCAAAACUUACGAAAGUUUUUAUUUUGUUAUUUUUUUAUUUUAAAACAUUGUUUUCUGUAAUCAUUUAGCACUCAUGUUUUAAGCCUCCUUUAUAAUUUAAGUCGCGAUAAGUGUACAGUUUAAGUUUACGUUUUUGUAAAUAGAAAGAUCCAAAUGAUGUUUAGGUUUCUGCUGCGGGGCUGAUCCUCAGUGUGUAAAAAAAAAAACGGGGAUUGUUGAAGAAUUAAUUCUCAGUGAAAUCAAACCGUGUGUGUAAAUUUCUGCUUUGUUCAAUAAAAAAAAGUUUUUUUG